AAAAAAAAAAAAAGAAAAAGAAAAAAAAAAAUCAAAAGAACAUUUCGUGUUGCAUGAAGAUUCUAUGAAAUUCAAAUUUCAAAGCCCAUAAAUAGCUUCGUUGGGGCGCAGCCACACUUGUUUGUUUACGUAUGGUCUGUGGCUGCCUUCGCCAUGGAUAAGAGACUAGAAUAGCUGCUGCGGUCUGUAUUUUCUAUCUCUGUCUUUACAGAAAAUACUUGAGCUCUGAGUAAGGCCUGACCUUGUUCCUGAGGGCUCCAUAGUGGAGCUGAUGGGAAAGUAGUGGAUGGCAUUGGUGGUGGCUGAGCGAGCGGGGUGCCCUCUCAGAGAGCCGGUUAUUAAUGGAGUGCUAACCAGUCACUCUAGAUGAGAAAUACUCAGAUCACAUUUAAACACAAGGAAAGCUGUUUAUAGGAAAACGGUAAAAUAGCACAACGUAAAAUUAUGGUACACUGUGGUUAUGCUGUCAUAAAAAUGUGUACGUAUGGAUAGAGAAGAAGGUGUCCCACGUGGAGAAAUGAACAGGUAUCUUAGGGGGCGGGUUGGGAGUAAGAGCAGUUUUUCUUUCUAUUCUAUUUUUCUGUUUAAAUUUUCCUGUAAUGUUCUUAUAAUAAGUGUUGAUCACUCGCAGCCACCAGGGGAAGCAGCUACCCAGGCAGAAGGCCGUUCCGGGUCUCAGGCGGGCUUUAGGGAGAGGGACCCCGAGCUCUGGACCAGGGUUAGGAGGAGGUGCCUCGGGCAUGUGGAGGCUGGCGGCCCUCGCUCCUGUGAGCUGGCGGCUGGGGCUGCGUCUCGCCCAUGUUGCUGUCAUGUGCAGGGCCCAUGUGAGUUGCGUGUCUUCUCACUAUUGUGCUGUAGCCUCUGAAAGUUGCUCAGGAGCUUGGGAUUUCGUGGAGAAGUGGGAGUCAGUUGCUUCUGUCCAAAGGGUUCGACCAAUGGGGGCCAUUCUGAGUUCAGAAACCUCUGGUGUGGAACCCAAUGGAUCCAGCCAGGCCCAGCUCUGCUGUUAACCAGUUGUAUGCUCUGGGACUCGGGUUAAGUCUGCGGGUGGCAAAACUGGCACCUCCCAUCCCAUCUUCCCUCCAUCCCUCCCCCCCAGCCCUGUGUCUCACUCUGAGCUUCAGGAAGUUGGUGCCACCUAGCUACGCUCACUGACACGCAUCUCGUGCUGUGCUAAGAUGCUGUCCCCAUGUUGAGUGUGCCCUCUCCAGGGAGACUGCCAGUGCUCGUGGGCGUGCAUCUUCUGCUUCUGCAUCCUCGGUCACUGUCAGCAGAGGCCUGGGCACAUGGUGGUGGACAGUGGCUAUUAUCUGUGGUUGUGCUGGAAUGGAGGAGGCCUGGUGUUUGGUCUUGGAGUCAAGAGUGCGUGUGCUUAAGAAUUCCAGGAUCACACGGAGGAGAGGGUGUGAUUAGGUCUGGGAAGGAGGGAGGCCGGAAGGAGGGCGAGAGACCUCGACCUGUUCUUGGGAAGGAAAGAGCAGGUGAGGGUGGGAUUCUGUUCCAAGCACGGGAAACAGGACCAGGAGGUGGUGAUGGCCCUGGGGCCAGGGCUGGGAGGCGCUUGCUCCAGCAUGCAGUGACUGAGCUCUCCUGUAUGCACUGCCGCAGGUGCUGGGAGACCGUGAAGUGCAACGCAGAUGAGUCCGGGCCCUCGGGGAGACAGCAUGCCAGUGGGGGAGACGGAGACCAAUCACCUACCCAGUGUGCAGGGAUGAGAAGCUCGGGAAGGUCUGACCAGCCGUACAUCUUGAAAGGGAAACCCCUGCUCCUGCUUGUCAGCUGUUACUCGGGGUUCGCCAGUGGCAGCGAGAGGCAGUCGCAGCUUUCAGUCUUCCAGGAUCUCAGCCAGUUCUCUCACUGCAGAGAGUGGAGAAGCCCAGCCCGCAGUGUGAAGGGAGAGCCACCGUGGUGCUCACGGCAAGACACCCAGAGUCCCUUCCAGGCAGGGACACCCCUGGAGCGACCCUGUUUCAGCAUGAAGUUAUUUGGGUGAGAACUCACCAAGCAUGCACAGCGGGUGCUUCAGCAUAUCCUUUCAUUGAACUCCACACGGCCCUGCUGAGCAGGUGGGCCCACCAUUCUCAGACCCCCAGGGCCCCAUAGACAGCAGAUCUGCCGCUGUCAACCAUACCCACUGCCUCUCAUGCUGGAGUAG